AUGAUUAAGACCCAACUAGAUCAACUUGCAAAUACCGUUGGGGAACAUCAUGCGCAUGCUAGUCUCCCACCCCAAAGUCAUGCUCCAAAGCAAAUGAAUGCCAUAGUGACAAGGAGUGGGAGGAUUUUAGAUGAUGUUCCUAGAGCUAAUAAGGUUUCUAAGCCCAAUGGGAAGGAUCAAGAGGGAGUCAUUGAGUCUAGUGACAAUGAUGUGGUAGAAGAGGAGCCUUCCAUUAAUGAUGAAGGUGAAACUCCUAUACUAAAGGAGGCAACUCUCCUACCUCUCCCCACUCCUAAACUUCCUUAUCCCCAAAGAUUCAUAAGGCACAAGUUGGAUGUGCAAUUCUCAAAAUUCCUUGAUGUUCUUCGAAAUUUGCACAUCACUCUCCCCUUUACGGACGAAUUGAAACAAAUGCCUACCUACUCAAGGUUUCUCAAGGAAAUCUUGAGUGGGAAGCGGGAUUGCGACGUAAAGGAGACGGUGAACCUCACCGAGCAUUGUAGUGCUAUCAUUCUUAACCAAAUGCCACCCAAACUAAAAGACCCGGGUAGUUUUUCUAUCCCGUGUGCUAUUAAGGAGCUUGAAAUAAGCAAUGCCUUGUGUGAUUUGGGUGCUAGCGUUAGUCUAAUGCCUUAUUCGGUGUUCGCCAAGCUUGAAGUUGGUGAUCUUGUCCCAACUAACAUCACCUUGCAACUUGCCGACCGUUCGGUCAAGUACCCUAUUGGCAAGGUUGAGGAUGUACCCUUGAGGGUUGGUGGAUUAGUGAUCCCCGUCGAUUUUGUAGUCCUAGACAUAGAUGAGGACGUGCAUGUCCCUAUUAUUCUAGGCCGCCCAUUCUUGGUUACGGCGGGGGCAAUUAUUGAUGUCAAGCAAGGGAACAUUACUUUGAAAGUUGGGAAGGAUAGUUUGUUUUUUGACAUGAAUAAAGCCAUGCGUUAUCCUAGUUCCACUAAUGAGAAAUGUUUCUUGGUUGACUCUUUUGAUCCCAUUGUGAAUGACAUGCAUGAGCACUUUCUCACCACUAAUGAUGCACUUGAGCUUGUUCUUUUGAAUAGACAUGGCUUAGGUACUUUAAGGAUCGAAGUGGCUAACUACCAGGACCUCUUGGAUGCACCACCACCUUGUGCUCAACCCGAGCAAUGCAUGCUUGUGUUGGAUGGGACAGAAGCUUUGGAUGAAGCUCGAAUUGGUAAGGAAGCUCCCAAGGUAGAGCUAAAACCUCUUCCUUCGAGCUUGAGGUACCCAUUUCUCGGUUUAAACUCUUCUUACCCUAUGAUUAUCAAUUCCUCUUUAGAUGACGAGCAAGUGCUCAAGCUCACCCACGUCUUGAAACGUCAUCAAAGGGCUUUGGGCUACACUAUUGGUGAUUUGAAAAGUGUUAGUCCAACCCUUUGCAUGCAUCAUAUAGAGCUUGAGGACAAUGCCGUCCCACAUCGUGAGAGGCAAAUAAAACAUAAUCCACCUAUGAGAGAGGUGGUUAAGAAGGAAAUAAUGAAGCUUUUGGCGGCCGGGAUUAUCUAUCCUAUUUCUAAUAGUCGAUGGGGUAUCCCCGGUCCAUGUGGUUCCAAAAAAGGGUGGGAUGACGGUAGUCAAGAAUUCACAUGGAGAGCUCAUUUCCACCCGGACGGUAACCGGGUGGCGCAUGUGUAUUGA